AUGUCGGAUGGCACAUUGUUCAAGCCUGAGAAGGACUUCACGAAGGAUGUCGACCAGCAGAUCCCCGAGGCCGAAGCGCUUGCUAAGGCAUCCGAUCUUCCUUCGACCUCGAGACUGUUGGUGGGCAUUGUUACAAUCUGCAAAAAUGCCCGCGAGUGGGAGCUCCUGAACGAACAAGUCAUUGCUCUCUCGAAGAAGCAUGGCCAGCUCAAACAGGCAAUAACAAAGAUGGUCCAGGUGGUGAUGGAGUUCUUGGAUAAGACACCAAAUUUGGAGACUAAAUUGGCCUUGAUCGAAACGUUAAGGACAGUAACGGAGGGGAAGAUCUUUGUUGAAGUUGAGAGAGCGCGGGUAACUCGGGCUUUAUCCGAUAUUAAGAAGAGUCAGGGCGAUAUCGAUGCUGCCGCCGACAUUCUUUGCGAACUACAGGUUGAGACCUUUGGAUCUAUGGCCCGAAGAGAGAAGACGGAAUUCAUCCUGGAACAGGUUGCUCUUUGCAUAAAAAGGAAGGACUGGACACAGGCGAAUAUCCUCAGUCGCAAGAUUACCACGAAAUUCUUCGCCCGAAAACCCAAACGGACUCCGGAACAAAUUGAAAAGGACAAUAAGGAGGCUGAAGAGAAAGAAAAGAAACGUAGUCCCGAUGAUCCUCCAGUGGAGAAGCCAGAGGAUGUUACAGAUCUGAAGCUUCUUUACUAUGAACAGCAAAUUAUCCUUGCAAAUCAUGAGAGCAAGUACCUUGAUGUGUGCAAACAUUACCGACAGGUUCUCGACACCGAGUCUGUUGAAGAAAACCCUGAACAGCUGCGUGCAGUUUUGCAACGGGUCAUCUACUAUGUUAUCCUUUCACCUUUCGACAAUGAGCAGUCAGAUCUUUUGCACCGUAUUCAAGCUGAUACGCGGAACUCCCUUGUUCCCGUGGAGGCUCGGCUGGUCAAACUUUUCACAAUCAACGAGUUGAUGCGCUGGCCCAUGGUUGCAGAACAAUUCGGGCCCCAUCUCUGCAGCACUGAUGUAUUCAGCGCCAAAACUAACCACACAGCUGACGACCAGGCCUACCAACGCUGGCAAGAUCUCCGGAAGCGUGUCAUUGAACACAAUGUCCGUGUCAUUGCCAAAUACUAUACUCGCAUCGAGAUGGGCCGACUAACUCAGCUUCUCGACCUAGACGAGGAGGAGACGGAGAAAUACAUCAGUGAUCUCGUUACAUCCAAGACAAUCUACGCUAAAAUUGAUCGUCCGGCCCGACUUGUCAACUUUGCCAAACCACGGGAUGCGGAUGACGUUCUGAACGAAUGGAGUAGUAACAUGAAGAGCUUGCUUGGAUUGCUGGAGAGAAUUGACCACUUGAUCACUAAGGAGGAGAUGAUGGCCAGGAUUCUUCCGUCCAAGGCUGGAAGGUCGAAGGCACGUUGA